CUGCUCUGAUUUUGCCAUUAUCUAUUGGAAGUUUCUACUCUCAGCCUCAGGCAGGGCCAUGGGAGAGCUUAUUAUACUUCUUCCCUUUCUCAAGUCUGUAGCUUUUACUUCAUUGUACUCAUCUAUUUUUUUCUUCUGUUGCAAAUUUGAUUUUGCCCGUUCCAGAAGGUGUGUCUUGGUAAGUGAGUAAAUCACACAAAUCUACUACCAUGAAGCUAUAGGAUUCUGGAGGCAUGUAGGUGUGUCUCUGAGUAUAUAAAUAAGCAGAAAUGUGCCAUACUUCAGAGGCGUGCCAGCGUGAUUUUUAUAAGACAGCAAAAGGUUUCAAAAAGCACUAGGAAACAUGAAGAUCAAGCGUUUUGCUCUGCUGUGUGUCCUCAUGAUGUUCUGUCAACUACUGCAAACUGACAGUGAAACAGUGAAAGAGAGAAAAAGAGAGAGACCGAAUAAUGGCAGAGGGGGAAGAGCCCAGGCUAGACCUAAUAACAAUCACAAGGGUCAGAGAAACAGAGGACAAAGAGGUUCUCCCACAAAAGGGAAGUUUAUAACUAAAGAGAAGGCUGAAUGUUCCUGGAUUCUAAAUGAGAAAGAGACCACUCUGCUAAAGGUAGACUGCAAAAAAGGGGAAGAUGCCUUUUCCUGUGCUUUUUCUGGCAGCCCGUCUACCUGCCCACGGUAUGCAGAAAACCAGAAGGUCUUCUGGAAGGAAAUAACUCGAUCUCUAAAGAAACAGAAGAAUCUCUGUAAGGACCCCAAGACUCUUUUAAAAUCUAAAGUCUGUAAGACCGGCCCACCUACUGCCCAUCUUAGACUGGUUAUGGAUGCCAAGCCAGAAACCCCAACACCCAAGCAACCAGAGAAAGAAUCCGGCGAUUGUGUGGAAGAUAUUGAUUAUGUGGAUCAGAAAAAGGUGGCUGAAGAGUACUGCUCUGAAACGUGGCAACAUCUUUGCUUCUUCAUAGUUUCAAUGAUACAAGAUAAAAAGUGCAAGUAGAAAGCCAAGGAAGGUGGACCAAGUUACUAUGGGCACAACUGUUUUGCAAACAGUAUCAAGAGCAAACAAUAUGAAUUAUUCUCUAGUGCAUCUGGUCAAACUCCUCUUGUGGAAGUAUUGUAAAUGCAAUGUAUUUUGUUCUU